AUGAUGGCCAACGCGGCCACCAUGCGGAUCCUCAUCAAGGGGGGGAAGGUGGUGAACGACGACUGCACCCUCGAGGCCGACGUCUACAUCGAGAACGGCAUCAUCCAGCAAGUGGGGCGCGAGCUGAUGAUCCCCGGCGGCGCCAAGGUCAUCGACGCCACCGGCAAGCUCGUCAUCCCGGGCGGCAUCGACACCAGCACCCACUUCCACCAGACCUUCAUGAACGCCACCUGUGUCGAUGACUUCUACCACGGCACCAAGGCGGCGCUGGUGGGGGGCACGACGAUGAUCAUCGGCCACGUGCUGCCCGACAAGGAGACGUCGCUGCUGGACGCGUACGAGAAGUGCCGCAGCCUGGCCGACCCCAAGGUGUGCUGCGACUACGCCUUGCACAUGGGCAUCACCUGGUGGGCGCCCAAGGUGAAGGCAGAGAUGGAGACGCUGGUGCGGGAGAAGGGGGUGAACUCCUUCCAGAUGUUCAUGACCUACAAGGACCUGUACAUGCUGCGGGACAGCGAGCUCUACCAGGUCCUGCGCGCGUGCCGCGACAUCGGCGCCAUCGCCCGCGUGCACGCCGAGAACGGCGAGCUGGUGGCCGAGGGAGCCAAGGAAGCUCUGGAUCUGGGCAUUACGGGGCCAGAGGGCAUCGAGAUCAGCCGGCCUGAAGAGCUGGAAGCCGAGGCCACGCACCGUGUCAUCACCAUCGCCAACCGGACCCACUGCCCUGUGUACCUGGUGAACGUCUCCAGCAUGUCCGCAGGGGAUGUCAUCGCCGCUGCCAAGAUGCAAGGGAAGGUGGUGUACGCAGAGACGACCACGGCGCACGCCACGCUCACCGGGCUGCACUACUACCACCAGGACUGGUUCCACGCCGCAGCCUACGUCACCGUGCCGCCGCUGCGCCUCGACACCAACACCUCUGCCUACCUCAUGAGCCUGCUCGCCAAUGACACAUUGAACAUCGUGGCCUCGGACCACCGGCCCUUCAGCACCAAGCAGAAGGCCAUGGGCAAGGAGGACUUCACCAAGAUCCCCCACGGUGUCAGCGGGGUGCAGGACCGCAUGAACAUCAUCUGGGAGCGUGGUGUGGUGGGGGGUAAGAUGGACGAGAACCGCUUCGUGGCCGUGACCAGCUCCAACGCUGCCAAGAUCCACAACCUGUACCCCCGCAAGGGCCGGAUCAUCCCCGGCGCCGACGCCGACGUCGUGGUCUGGGACCCCGAGGCCACCAGGACCAUCUCUGCCAGCACCCAGGUGCAGGGCGGGGACAUCAACCUGUAUGAGAACAUGCGGUGCCACGGGGUGCCGCUGGUCACCAUCAGCCGCGGGCGCGUGGUCUACGAGAACGGCGUCUUCAUGUGCGCCGAGGGCACCGGCAAGUUCUGCCCGCUGCGCUCCUUCCCCGACGUCGCCUACAAGAAGCUGGUGCAGCGGGAGAAGGUACAGGGGGCUGGUGGCCGUGCCCUGGCUGUGCCGCCGUGUGGGACAGGGCUGCUGCAGGGGACGGGGGCGGUGGCUGUGCCAGAGGAGGGGGUGUGCCAGGCUGGUGCCACGCCACGCUGGAGCACGUGCAGGGGAUGGGGGGCCCCAGUGUGUGACAGAGGACCCUGCCCUGGGUCCGUGCCAGCACACUGGCAGUGCAAGAGGACAGUUGUCCCAACAUGCGUGUGGCCCAUGGCCAUUUGA